AUGCGUGAGCUGAUCACUUUCGCUGUCGGUCAAGCCGGCAAUCAAAUUGCUAGUGCAUUUUGGGAGACUAUUCUCAAGGAACAUGGACUAAACCAUGAUGGUGAAUAUGUCGGCAAUGACCCCCUUCAACUUUCCCGCGUGAAUGUGUUCUUUGAAGACUCAAGCCGAGAGGGAAAGUAUGUGCCUCGUUCCGUCAACAUUGAUUUGGAACCAGGUACCAUUGAUCAUCUCCGUACAGGUCCGUUGGGCCAUCUUUUCCGCCCUGACAAUUUCGUCCAUGGUGACUCUGGUGCUGGUAACAACUUUGCGAAGGGCUAUUAUACGGAAGGUGCAGAGCUCUUGGACUCUGUGCUUGAGGUAGCCCGGAAGGAGACAGAACGUGCAGACAUGUUCCAGGGCUUCCAGCUUGUUCACUCUCUAGGUGGUGGAACAGGUUCUGGAUUGGGUACCAACUUGCUCAGCAAGCUCCGUGAAGAGUAUCCUGACCGUAUGCUUGCCACAUGGUCGGUUCUUCCCUCGCCUAGAGUAUCCGACACCGUGGUGGAGCCUUACAACGCUACCCUUUCUUUCCAUCAGCUUGUUGAGAAUGCAGACUUGUCUUUCUGCUUGGACAACCAGGCAUUGUACGAUAUCUGUCAGCGCACCCUUCGUACUGAAUCACCCAAGUAUGAAGACCUGAACACUCUGAUUUCAAACGCUAUGUCGGGAUGUUCUACUACACUUCGAUUCCCUGGACAGCUGAACUCAGACCUGCGCAAACUUGGUGUGAACAUGGUACCUUUCCCUCGCUUGCACUUCUUCACUUGCGGAUAUGCACCUCUAGUGGCAUCUUCGCUUCAGGCUUAUCAGGCUUUGAAUGUAUCGGAGCUUGUUCACCAAGGCUUUAGCCCACACAACAACAUGGCAGCCAUUGACCCCCGUGCUGGCAAGUACCUGACAAUCGCUGCUAUUUUCCGUGGUAAAAUUUCCAGUCGCGAGGUGGAAUCAGAGAUGCACAAUAUCCAAGCGAAGGCGUCUGCUGGAUUUGUUGAAUGGAUCCCGCAAAACGUUUUGACCUCACUUUGUGACGUUCCGCCGCCUAAUGUGAAACUGAGCGCAACAUUUAUUGGUAACACUACAGCAAUUCAGGAACUAUUCAAGCGAACUCACAAUCAGUUCGGUGCUAUGUUCCGUCGCAAGGCUUUCUUGCACUGGUACACGAAUGAAGGCAUGGAUGAGAUGGAGUUCACUGAAGCGGAGUCAAACUUGCUUGACUUGAUUGCUGAAUAUGAGCAAUAUGAAGCGGCCGGCAUCGACGAUGAUGAGGUGUACGAAGGCGAAUACAUCGACGACAUGGUCGAUGAACAGGGAGAGUACAUUGAAGAGGAAUAUUAG